AUGCCGAGUACCUACCUAUACAUCCUUGGUAUCGCUUUCACGAUCGUUACUGUCUUAUACUUUGCUCGAAAUGAAAACCAAAGAGCUUUGCUCCUGAGCAGACUUGGCCUUGACAGUGAACGCAAACUAUCAUGGGCACCUCCAAGGUCUCCAUCUCCAGCAAAACAAGGACUAUCCGAGAAACCCACUCUACCUGCUGGUCAAGAAUACAGGGACACUUUUCCGCCUUGCAGGCGUCCGGCUCUGGCAGAGCUCACCGACACUCGCUUCAGCGUCGGUGGAAAAUCAGGAAAGGGCUUGAGUGAACUACCACACAACACCAGCAAACCUCUUCCAAACGAUACCAACGUCUUGGCUCCGCAAUACAGGAAGUACUCAACUCCUACUGGCUUUACUGUCGAAGAAGUCAAGGCUUUGGGAAACUUCCCGGAUUAUGCUACUUUGAGUGGUGUACCAUUGCCUGCAUCUUAUACCAAUUUCGACAUCAGAACUGCUUUGGCCAGACCAUACCGACCUUUCAGAUGGGAGUAUCACCAAACAAUGUCAUAUAAGAAAUUAGAGCCAGACUGGUGGCUCGAACUCGACAAGACCUACGCUUCCCGCAUAAAACAGCGUCAAGACCUCUACUCGAAACACGGUUCCGAAAUCCUUCAAUCCCUGCCUGGCUCAGAGAUAGCAUGCAAAGAACUUAUGGAAAUGGUUCUUCAGUUCCUGGCCGCCAGAUAUCCACAACACUUUUCCAUCAACAAGCAGCAAUUACUCUUCCACAACAACAUCCUCGGCACUACAACAAACCUCAGAGAAAUGGAUGCUCUAGAGGUGUUGCUAAAUAACGUACCAGAAGACUUCGCUAUCGUACUCAGAAACCCACAAACUGGUUACUAUAGCUUCCGCGCUGGAGUGAUUUGUAGUUCAUUGGGGUGGACUGUUGGCACAAAGAUUGGCAAAGAUCUUAAGGAUAUACAUGCGCCUAUUCCAGACUACAAGGAGAAGAUGGAGUUUUCGAUGGAUAGAUUCUUCGCGAAAUUACCCACAGACAAGCCGAUUCAACGCGGUUCCUGGGGUCUAGAGAUCGACGAACCUUUGUUCAUGCCACCCAACGACCCACACGCAGCUCUCCGUGACGUCCAAAACCCAACCCAUGACCUGUCUCGCUGUAACGUGCGCGUAGAUUGGCAAACCCUACGUCGCCUCCCGCUUUCCGGUGGCAUAGUCUUCAACUUCAAGUGUCUGUUUACACCCGUCUCUGCUCUGGCGACAGAACCUUAUGUACCUGGUCUAUUGGUCAAAUACAAGGGUACGUGGCAUACUGAGCAUAUCGUUAUUCCUGCUUUAAAAGAGAUGGACAGAGAACAAAGGGCAAAGGGAGUUGUGGAGAAGGGGUGGGAGGCGAAGACUUUGGAUGAGUAUCCUUGGUUUCCUGGAUGGGAAGACAAGUGGCAGAAAGAGCAGGGUUUUCAGCAGGGCUGA